GAAUGUUCAUCGUGAAACGAUCGCAAGUUGUAAACAUUCUAUUUGAAAUCUUUUCCAAGUAUCUUAUAGUGUUAACAACACCUCUGUGAAUUCCUGCAUUGAAUUUCUUCUAUCUUUGUGCUGCGAUGAUCAUCCGUAGGAAUUUCAUGAAGUUUGCUACACGUGCUUGUUUUUGACAAGACUGCUUAAGGAUUAUAUUCGUUAAAUGUAUCCAUCUUCGUUGUAUGGACGAGGUGAGCAUGGAGUCCAGCACAACACGCAGCGUGACUCUUGGGGUGGAUGGCGGCACGGCGCUACACCCAGUCGCAGAGGCAUCGUUAGUAUGGAAUCUCUGGCUCCCAAAAUGCCGAACAGGGAGCAGGAGCUGCGGCACCAAGGAGCAUCUAGUACGGGCUCUCUGACAACUGCUGACCACCCAUCGCUCACCAGAACCGUCCGAAACAGACUUUCGCAAGCGUUUGGUCUAUUUACUGACCCCAGUCCACCACCGCCGCCGCCGCCUCCUCCUCUUCAAACCAAUGGAGCGGAGCGUGCGGUUUGGGAAUACCACACUGUGACCUUGUCCAGAGUGUCUGGCUAUGGCUUCGGUGUAGCGGUCAGUGGCGGGAAGGACAACGCGCAGUUUUCCAAUGGUGACCCGGCCAUCACCAUUUCGGAUGUGCUCAAAGCUGGACCCGCCGAGGGAAAGCUUCUAAUCGGUGACAGACUAGUCAGUGCCAAUGGAAUUUCUCUCGAAAAUGUUGAUUACACAAGAGCAGUGCAAGUGCUCAGAGAAUGUGGCAAUUCAGUGAAUCUGGUCAUAAAACGUAAAAUAAAUUCUACAAAUGUUUCCUCACAUCCCUCAUCAGUGAAAGUUACUCUUACAAAGAGCAAAAAGAAAGAUAGCUUUGGUAUUGUCUUGGGUUGUAGAAUAUAUGUAAAAGAAAUCACAAAUCAGUCAAGUAUAGAAAAAGAUGGAACUAUUCAAGAAGGAGAUAUAAUAUUAAAGAUUAACAGUAAUAGCACAGACAGUAUGACUUUAAAAGAAGCCAAAAAAAUUAUUGAAAAUACAAAAGAAAAAUUGCAACUUGUUUUAAAACGAGAUACAAAUCAACUGCCAGAGACUAAUCAAAAUGGACAAAAUAUUUCAAGCAAUGGUGAUACUAAGAUGCCUUCCCCUGCACUGGAUAGAGCAGAUGAAAAAAAUAACCUUACUAGAUUACAAUCUGGGCGUAAUCGAGGUCCUUUGAUGGAUAUUUCUCUCAGUCAGUUAGAUCAACCAGCCACACCUUUGCUUGCAGGUCAUGGGCAUUCCAGAGCUCCUGUUGGAGCGGAUGAAGAGGAAUCUCUUCAGAGGCCACCCUUACCUAGAAUAGAUGAAUUUUCCAGUCGCAGAGACCAAUUUGAUGAUGAUCCAUUAGCAAGGAGAAAUAAGACUGUUCCACCAGAACCUCGAUUCAUCUCCUUUCAAAAGGAUGGAAGUGUGGGAAUUCGGCUUACUGGGGGAAAUGAAGUUGGAGUUUUUGUCACAGCAGUUCAGCCAGGAAGUCCUGCCUCUCUUCAAGGCUUGCAACCUGGAGACAAAAUUCUAAAGGUGAAUGACAUGGACAUGAAUGGUGUGACAAGAGAAGAAGCUGUUCUGUUCCUUUUGCACAUACAAGACUAUGUAAAUCUUAUUGUUCAACACAUGAAAGAAGAAUAUGAUGAAAUAGUUGCAAAUCAGCGUGGUGAUUCCUUUUACAUAAGGACUCAUUUUUCAUAUGAAGGUUCAGGGAAGGGAGAGCUUGGUUUCCAUGUUGGUGAAGUUUUUCAUGUGAUCAAUACACUACAUAAUGGUGUAGUGGGAUCUUGGCUAGUUUAUAGAUUAGGAAGAACAAAUCAAGAAAUCCAAAAGGGUGUUAUUCCUAAUAGCAGCAGGGCAGAGCAGUGGGCACAAGAGCAGCAGAAUCAAGCAAAGAAAGAUGCAGCAUCUGAGAGUCGUGGCAGCUUUUUUAAAAGGAGGAGUGCUCGCCGAUCUAAAUCUCUCAGUAAGGACCACUGGGAAGACGUUGUUUUUGCUGAUGGGAUAUCAAAAUUUCCAGCUUAUGAAAGAGUAACACUAAAACACCCUGGCUUUAUUAGACCUGUGGUACUGUUUGGAGCUUUAGCUGAUGUUGCUCGAGAUAAAUUGCUGAAAGAUUAUCCAGAUAAAUAUGCUUCACCUCAAUUAGAUGGACAUUUAGAUGACAUCCCUAAAAGUCAGAAAUCUUCUGGUAUUAUUCGUCUCAGUGCAAUUAAAGAAAUAAUUGAAAAGGGCAAGCAUGCAAUUUUAGAUAUCACUCCUAGUGCAGUGGACCGUCUGAAUUAUGCUCAGUUCUAUCCCAUUGUGAUAUUCAUGCGAGCUGAGAGUAAACACACAGUCAAAGAAUUACGCUCUCGUCUUGCAAAAUCCAGUCACAAAAGCUCAAAAAAGUUAUAUGACCAUGCUGUGAAACUUGAAAAACUGUGGUCUCAUGUUUUCACAGCUACCAUCACGCUAACGAGUGCUGAUAUGUGGUAUAAAAAGUUGCGAGAGACAAUUGACAAACAGCAACAACAGUCUAUUUGGAUUUCAGAAUCAAAACCGGAAGAAGCAAUAUCUGAUGAUUUCUUAUUUCCCAUGACUUCAAGGCUGAGCUAUGCUUCAUCUCCAGAAAGUGAUCUUGAACUUGCCAAUGAUAGUCGGCCAUCCGAUUUACAAGAUUUAGGUCUACAAGGUAAUGAUAGGCAUAUGGUGAAGGCUUCUAGUGAUCCAAGUAUUGCAACUCAAGAUGAGAUGUCUGGUCCCCCAGGUUAUAACCAACUAUCUGGUUAUUCAACUGCACGUUCUCGACAGCUACCUUUUGAAUUUCUCCAACAACAGGAUCCGUUAACAUUGGGUUCUGAGUUAAGAGAUCCAGUAAGCCCUGCAAAGUAUAAUCCAGGAGGUGAGACAGCUCUGAAAGCUCGCUCCUCACAACAGCCAGAACCACCACCACGUGUGGAUCGUGCAAGCAAGCCCACUCAUUAUAGGACAGCACAAGAGAGAUUAUUUGCUCGUGGACGCCAUUCUCUUUUGUUAGAAGGAAAUCCAACUCAAAGAGAACCUCCAGAUUAUAUAAAUACAGGAGGAGCGCAACCACAUUCUUUAGAAAGAUCUAAUGGAAGAUUGGGAACAUUUGACAGCUCUUCCUAUAGUAGUGAUUCCUACAAUCAGUAUUCCUCCAAUCCCAAUGAUAAAAAGCGAGAGCCAUACACUGCUGCAUCUUCGAUCAGCAAUCGUUCUCCUCAUGAUCCUUACCGGUACACAAGAAGCACAACACAACCCCCUCCACCUAAGCCUAUGAUGGAUAGGGGAAGAGCUCCUCCCCCAAAUAAAUACAGAUAUCCUGAUGAAAGACCAGCUCCACCAUCCCCGCCUCCAAAGCCUGCUAACUUCCAGCAAAGAAUGUCUGAUGGUCGUCCUGUACCACCACCAAAGCCUGGUCAAUACCAGUCCUCACGUCCAUGGCCAGAAGAAACACCUCAGCCUCAGAUGGGCAGCAUGCGAAACCCUCCCCAGCAAGACUUUUCCACUCCAAGCCACCUCUCCUCUGAAGUCAUGCCACCUCCAUACACUCCCAACCAAAGAAGUCGCAACAGUCUGGACUUCAUGGGCUCCCCACCUUAUUAUACCCCUCGUAAUUAUCCACCAAACGACAUGAUGGGUCUACCUCCCAAGCAUUCACCUGUCCCUGAAGAACAGAUGAGAAACCCUCCUGUUGGGUCACCUAGCCGCAGACAUUAUAAAUCUACAGAUGACAACAGUGGUUUCGAUUCAGGUCGUGGCAGCAGUCUUGACAGGAACUAUGAUGUCAGGUCUUAUACAAAAGCCAUGGGUAACCCUCCUUCUUGGCCAGCUGUACAUAUGAAUGGAGGAGGACCUUAUCAUAAUGUGCCGUACCGUGGCAGAAGAGAUCCCAUGUACCCUCCUCCAUAUGAUCAUCACUCCUCACCACCACAACCUCCCCCUUCUAGUUUAAUUGAUCUGUCCAAUCGAGAAAACAGAGGAAGUGCCUUUGAACUCUAUAAGAAGCCUGAUUCACGUUCUCCUAUGGCUAUCCACUCCAUGGCAAAUGGAGAUCGAUCAAAGUGAGAAAUGCUUAGCUUCCAUUUAAUUACAACAAUACUUCCAAGUUUAUCCAAAGCUUUAUACCUACAAGUUGAUAAGCAAUAUUUUCAAAAUGCUUCAUUUGUUGAAGUAGUCAUAUAAUGGCCAAUAUUGCUUGAUUCUAACUGGUAGUUUUAUUUAUCACUCCAGAUUUAUUCUACAAUUUCUGGAUACUCCAUGGAUCUAUGUAGCAUACUGUUUAGGAUUAUAUUUGUGUCAUACUUCCAAAAUAUUUUUACAAUUUUAAAUCUAAACUGACUGGGAACCAAAACCAAGUUCUUUAAGAGCAUUCUAUCAUUAUUUGGUUGUGAUUCAUUUGUGUUAAGAGCCUAUUAUUUGAAGGGGGCUGUGUUUUGCCCAUGAUUAUCCAAUUAGUAAAUGUGUUUAACAGGUUGAUAAAAUAUCACUGGACAUUUUGCCUGCUGGAAGUUGUAAAAAAAAUAAUAAUAAGAUAUGCACUUUAGUGUAGUUUAGCAAUGAAUUAAGUUGUACGUUUUGACAUUGUUUCUAAUUGAUUGUAAGGCACUCUGUAAAAUUUACUGCAUUUUGUAAAUAAAAGCAGUUAAAAGCAUUCCUUGUAAAGUUGUACAUAAUGAAUGUGAUUGCAGAAAAGAAGCCUUGCAAAAGACCAAAGCAUAUGGAGCAAUGUAAAAUAAUCAAAAGGUGUGAAAAUCAAAAUAUUCUUGGUUGAAAUCUGUUAUAUCAUUUUAUUAUUACUUGUAUAUGUUAUAAUUUUACAAUUUAUAUAUGAAUUUUAAAUAAAGAAAACAUACAGUUGAAAGCUGUUGUUAUUCUAUUUUAUUUAAAUGAUUCAGCUUAGAAAAGGCAUCUUCUUUUAUGUUAGUUUCUUUCAGAAAAAAAAAAUGUCCUUAAUAAUUUUUUAAAAAUAAUUAAUAAUUUCUGUCAUAACUUUAAUUGCUUGUAGGAAAAAUAUUAUGCUUUAGAAAGCGCUUAAGUGAAGGACUGUGUUAUGACUUUUCUAAGAAGGAUCAUGUAACUUUUUUUAAUUAAUGUUUUAUCACCACAUAAUUUUUUAUUAUUUAUUGGACAGUAUUUUAAACUUAUUAAUCCCCUCCUUGAUACAGCAACUAAAUGAAUUUAAACUUAAAAUAGUAAGAAAAUGUCAAAAACAGGGGAGGGGGAAUUUCAAAUAUAUAUUUUUUUCUGUAUCUUUGUUUAUAGCAUAAUUUGACAUAUUUGAUGAACUUUGAGUUGUCUAUUUUGUGUUAUGAAUCACAUUUAUAUAAUUAAGGUGCUAUAAUGCUGCCUGAAUAGGUUUAAUUAUUAUUUCUGAAUAUUUCAAAUAGCACAUUUAGUUAAAUGCCAGUCUUUUUUAUCUUACACAGCAAAAUUGAAAUAAGAACUGGUUAUGUAAAAAUCAACAUUUAGAAUAUAUUGGAAAAUGUUCGAUUGAUAGGUGAAAUCCAAUAUUUUUUAUUUAUGAUAAGUCAAACUGAGAUUUUGAUUUUAAUGAUUAAUGUAAUGUUAUUAAAUUUUAAAAUUCAGUUAAUAUUGUCUAAGCCCCUAUUAUUUAUUGCAUUUUCUAGUUCACUGAAUAAUUUUCAAAUUUUGGAUUUAUUUUUAGUUGUGCCGUUUUAAUUUUCUGGAAAUUUGUGAAAUCAUUUAGAACCGAGAAAGUAAUCUGUAGCCUUCCAGUUUACUCCUAAAGUUGAUGUUGAUAAGGGUUAUAUGAGUAAUCUACAGGAGAUUUUGUGUGAAAAGCAUAAUAUAUCAACAUUUAAAACCACAUUUCAUAAUAUCAAAAUCUAUUUAAUAUCUUUCGAACCUGGAAUCUACAAUAUAUUUUGAAAAGAUAAUUAUAGUUAUACUAGAAGCAUAAAACAAUUCUAUUUAAAACAGAUGAAAGUUACUAAUAUAUAUAGUCAUUUAAACACUUUAUAGCAGUUUCAUUGAUUGGGAGAAUAUUUAAUUGUUUUUCAGUUGCGCCUACAUGCAUAUGUUUUACAAUUUCUUAAAACUAAGAUUUUAUAAUUUCAAAAAGAGAAAUUUUUAAAAAAUGGAUUUUUUUUAUUUUAAAUAAAUUUAACCAAACAUGAGAAAUGAUAUUUAAAAAUAUCUUUUCUAUUCUUGCUUGAUUUUUUUAAAAAUUAUUAUUAUUAUCAACUUUAUUUUAUUUAAUAUACAUAUUUUAUACAUAAAUAUCAGUAAUUCAACACUAAAAUGGUGGCAUGUUUUUCCAUCUUUUAUGUUUAUGAUAUGAUCAAAUAGAGAUUUGCUACUGAAGUACAUUUAGGAAAACGAAACAAAUAUGAUGUUUAUCACUCUUCAGUACACUUAAUGGUCAUCUACCUCUUUUUUUCUGUUUUUACUUAAAUCUUGUGGUAUUAAAGUGUAUGUUGCAAUAAUGCAAAACUAGAUAUGGAUAAUAUCUCUAUGGUAUUACCGAUCCUUUUAGUUGAACUUAACGAGCCGAAUUUUAUUUUGAGAUAUGCAUUCUUAUGGUAAAAAAAUAUAUUUAAAAACCUGUUCAAAUCAUCAUAUUUUGAAGCUACAUCUACUGGAUUUCAUUUUUAAUCCAUUAAGAUAUAAAAUAUUGCCAAACAAUAGUCUUCAAAAAUUUCAUUUAAAAGAUUUUUUUUUUUUUUUUUUUUUUUGGUAGAACAUAUAAUGGAGAGAGAGAGUUGCUCAAAUUUUGCAUGUUCCACUUUUAUUUUGAAUGAAAUGAGGACCAACUUUUAUAUUAUGUUUGUGUUAUACAAAAUUUAUUUUGUGCCUUUUUAGUAUUGUAGAUUAUAUGCUUCAUUUUUACUGUAAGAUAUAUAUUUAUUUGUUAAG